CUUUUAUCGUUCAGUAAAGUGAAUCAUUUCGUUCUUUUACGGUCCAAAGUACACAAAACGGUUUAUAGUUUUCACAGUGUUUGUUUCAAAAAAACUGUUGAUAUGGAGUGGGUGAGCCACUACGUUCAAUAUAGUUUGGCACUAAUAUUUGGAUAUUUUUUCGCUGCCAUGUCAGUAAUGGGUAUUAUUUGGAGAUUUAUUCGGCAUCCAAUAAAGUCUGUCACGACUGCUUGGCCAAAGACAAGGGAUGUAAUGCCAGCCUGUUUGAAUGACCCAACAUUAGGUUCCCACGGAUUCAUACACUUAGAGGAGGUACGGUUGCAUUAUGUGGCAAGUGGAGAUGAAAGUAAACCAUUAAUGCUAUUUCUGCAUGGUUUCCCUGAAUUUUGGUAUUCAUGGCGACAUCAAAUCAGAGAGUUCAAGAAAGAUUACAGAUGUGUGGCCAUCGACUUGAGAGGAUAUGCAGACUCUGAUAAACCAAGUGGUAUAGCAGCCUAUAAUACGGAGAAAAUGAUCGCCGAUAUCAAACAACUGAUCCCAGCCUUAGGAUACAGAACUUGCGUAUUGGUUUCCCAUGACUGGGGUGGCGUGCUUGCAUACCAGUUUGCUGGUAAACACCAAGAUAUGAUAGAUAAAUUGAUUGUUAUGAAUGCACCUCAUUCUGGAUCAUUUCGGGAGUAUAUGAAGAAAAAUAAAUCACAGGGCAAAAAAUCUUGGUACAUCAUGUUUUUCCAAACACCAUGGAUUCCGGAGAUAAUUUUUUGGCUGUUUGAUUAUGAAACCGUACAACAAGUGUUUACUGGUAAACGUAGCGGUUUAGCUGUAUCAAAAAUGUCAGUUGAUGAUGUUGAGGCAUACAAAUAUGCAUUAUCUAGACCAGGUGGACUUACUGCACCAAUUAACUACUACCGAGCAGCACUUCGGUACCCUCCAGGAAAAUUCAUUUACAAUACCAUAGAGACACCAACAUUGGUCAUCUGGGGAUGCAAAGAUACUGCUUUAAACAAAGAAAUAGCUUCAUUGCCAUCCAAAUAUGUCCCAAAUCUUACCGUUAAAUACGUUGAAGAUGCCAGCCACUGGGUUCAGAUGGAUAGCCCUGAGGAAGUGAACAAAUUGAUGCGGGAAUGGCUCAGUGCCUAAGACUUGUUUCAGGAUAACUGUUUUCUUUUUUUUGACAAUCAUAACCAAAAGGUUGUACAUAUAAACGUAGUUUUCAUGAUAGGUUGAUUUUAUGUAUCUGUCAAUCACUAUUAUAAAUUGGAUUAUAAGAGUAGUUGAUAGAUUUUUCUAUAUUUUAAUAAAAUAACUAGGAGAAAUUAACAACAUUUAAAAUGAAGAAGAGAGGUUUCCUUUAAAACAUUUAAUUAUUUUAGUCUUUGUACAAUACAUUUGUAAUUGAAACAGCAAUUACAGUGUUAUUUAUAGCAAUUACAGUGUUAUCUAUAGCAA